UGCAGGGCCGGGGGCCGUGCGGCUCCGCAAUGAUCCGAGCCUCCUGCCGCCGCCGGCCAGGAAGGACUAACAUGGAAGCUUUUACCUUGAACUAGGGGUUUCUCUGCCUCAAACUGCAAUCUGCCUCGCCCCAGAGUCAGAUGAAGAUGAGAGUCUGGAAGGCUGUGGCUUGCACUCUGGCAUUCACCGGUGUGGACGUGCUGGUGACCACGCUGCUGUACGUGCACAGCCGUAGCGGCAAGAACAUUGUCCAGGAUCUGAAGCACUUCAAUGUCUUUAAUUCCAUGUUGGACGUGUGGGGGGCAUGUCUGUACAGGAGCUGCUUGCUGCUUGGCGCUGCCAUUGGGGUUGCCAAGAACUCGACCUAUGGCCCCAAGCGCCUGAAAGCAUCCCAGACCUUCAUCACCUUGGUCUGCCUGCUAGUGGGCAUUUAUGCCCUGGUCAAACUGCUGCUCUACUCGGAGGUCAGGAAGACCAUUAGGGACCCCUGGUUUUGGAGUUUGUUUGCAUGGACGUAUGUGUCAUUGGCUGCAACUUUCUGCCUGUGGCAGCUGCUGUCUUCCGUGACGUCCUCCAGAGAAGCCUUGGAGGUCAGUUCAGAGUCCCGGGCGGAAGCAGAGGAGAUAUGUGACCCCAGCCCUAUUACUGUGCAGGAAAAGAGGGAAGAGGCGUCAGGAGCCACUAUCCAGAAGCUGCUAUCUUACACCAAACCAGAUGCUCUCUUCCUCGGCAUAGCCACUUUCUUCCUCCUGGUUGCUGCUUUGGGAGAAACAUUCCUUCCUUAUUACACUGGCUUGGCGAUUGAUGGAAUAGUCAUCCAAAAAAGCAUGGAUCAGUUUUCCACUGCAGUGGUGAUUAUGUCGCUUCUUGCUAUAGGAAGCUCAUUUGCCGCAGGUAUCCGGGGUGGCGUUUUUACGCUCGUAUUUGCCAGGCUGAAUAUUCGACUCCGCAACUGCCUCUUCAAGUCACUGGUUGCUCAGGAGACAAGUUUCUUUGAUGAGAAUCGCACAGGGGACAUCAUCUCCCGGCUGACCUCGGACACAACGAUUGUGAGCGACCUAGUUUCCCAGAACAUUAACAUCUUCCUGCGCAACGUGGUGAAGGCGACAGGCGUGAUUGUCUUCAUGUUCAGCCUGUCCUGGCAGCUCUCUCUGGUGACCUUCAUGGGCUUCCCCAUCAUCAUGCUGGUGUCUGACCUCUACGGGAAAUAUUACAAGAAGCUCUCCAAGGAGGUUCAGAAUGCUUUGGCGAAGGCCAACAACACAGCAGAAGAAACCAUUUCGGCCAUGAAGACUGUGCGCAGCUUUGCAAGUGAGGACAUGGAAGCAAAUGUCUAUUGGGAGAAACUGCAGCAAGUGUACAAACUGAACAGAAAGGAAGCCCUGGCCUAUACGUACUAUGUGUGGUCCAGUGGGCUGACUCUUCUGGUGGUGCAAGUCAGUAUCCUUUAUUAUGGUGGCCAUCUGGUGAUCUCUGGGCAAAUGACCAGCGGAAACCUGAUAUCUUUUAUUAUUUAUGAAUUUGUCUUGGGAGAUUGCAUGGAGUCUGUUGGUUCCGUCUACAGCGGAUUAAUGCAGGGAGUAGGAGCUGCUGAGAAAGUGUUUGAGUUUAUAGAUCGCAAGCCGACGAUGGUGAACGAUGGAACCCUGGCCCCAGACCAUGUGGAGGGUAAAGUGGAGUUCAGAAAUGUUACUUUUUCCUAUGCUACCCGGUCUGCAACACAGGUCCUACAGAAUGUGUCCUUCACCCUCUAUCCUGGCAAAGUGACUGCGCUCGUGGGUCCUUCGGGCAGUGGGAAGAGCUCCUGCGUCAAUAUUCUGGAGAAUUUCUACCCUCUUCAAGAUGGGCAGGUCCUGCUGGACGGGCAGCCUAUUAACAUGUAUGAUCACAAGUACCUGCACUCAGUGAUUUCUUUGGUGAGCCAAGAGCCAGUGUUGUUUGCUCGAUCUAUUGCAGAAAAUAUUUCAUAUGGUUUAACUUCAGUCUCAUUCGAGUCGGUUGUCCAAGCUGCUCAGAAGGCCAAUGCACAUGCGUUUAUCACAGAGUUGCAAGAUGGCUACAAUACAGAAGCUGGUGAAAAAGGAGCCCAGCUGUCUGGUGGCCAGAAGCAGAGAGUGGCUAUUGCAAGGGCUUUGAUCCGAGCCCCCCCAAUCCUAAUCCUAGAUGAAGCCACAAGUGCCCUGGAUGCAGAGAGUGAACACACGAUUCAGCAAGCAAUUUAUGGUGACUUGCAGAACCACACUGUGCUUGUCAUAGCCCACAGGCUGAGCACUGUCGAGAAGGCACACAACAUCAUUGUUUUAGACAAGGGCCGAGUGGUGCAGCAGGGAAUGCACAAGGAGCUCAUGGAAGAAGGCGGCCUUUAUUCCAAGCUGGUGCAGAGACAGAUCCUCGGGCUCGAAACUGGCACAGGGGACGGCUAUCAUCUGGAGACUAGCUUAGCUGCUGCCAGUGGACAUUCGAUGAAGCCGCUGGGAGGACUGGAUGAAGAGUUCAGGGUGUGACGUGCUCUCUCUGGAUUGAGACAGGAUGGUUACAAUCCUGUAGCUCACAAGUGAGAGAGCACCAGGGAUUCCAUGCAAGAUCCUUGCUGGGAUGCUGAAACAGGAGUCCACUGUAGUCCAAACUCGGACACAUUACUGUAGAACAAGGCCUGUUUACUAGUCACGCAUACUAACCUUCCAGUAGGCAGACUGGUAAAACAGGGAAACAAUGGGCCUGGUUUAUUAAGGGGAGUUGGGUCUUUAGCAAUUCCCAGUAUUUCUACUGGGUUUCUUUUCUUAGAGUCAGCAAUUCCCAAGGCAGUUGAUGAGGUCUGUUCUCUCACGGAUAUGCCUGUUUAAUUGCUGUUAAUUGUAACGGGUGUUAUACACAUGCAUGGAGGGGAAGAAUGAACCUCCUUAAGGAACUUCAGGAGGUAGUUCUGUGAAUUGGUAGGAAGACAUUGAACAUAAAGUAAGAGCUUGAUCCUGCAGUCAGUCUGGUGCCAAUCCCACACUCAGUGAAGUCAAUGGAAAGACUCCCAUUGGUUUCAAUGGGAGCUGGAUCAGCCCCAAAGUGCAGAACUCUUAUUCAAAUCUAUGAGAGUUCUGCACAGAGUGUCUGCAGGUUCAGGUUCUGGUCUAAACCACUACCAUGCAGAGCUUUUAUUAGCUUCAUUGCAGUGAGCCAGGGGCCCACCGGCAUAUCCUGCCUUCUGAAUCGCUGAUGGAGUUUGGUGAUUUUUUUUGUUUGUAAAGGAUGUAAAGUUUUACCAUAGCUUGGUUACUUUUUUUUAAAUGGCUCUAUCUCUGUGGGCACCAGCAUGGUUUCUGUCUGGCUCCAUCAUCCAUUGAAAGCCAGUCAGUCUUAUGUUUGUUUUUAAAUUCACAAUUUCAGUGCCGGGUUGAGAAAUAUUACCUAAAACCAGGCAUAAAAUAUAAAUGAUGGCACUUUAUAAACCCUACCUAGGCCCCAUUCAGCUAUGGGCUAUGCUAGCAGCGUCAGUGCAUGAGAAAUCCAUACCGCCACAUUCCUUGAAAUCUAACUGCAACUGCCUGAAUUCCACAUUUAGUUCUUUGAUUAUUUUUAUUUAUUUAUUUAUUUAUUAGUCGGAGGGCAGAAAGAAAGAUACCAUUUCUAACUGCAUACAACACUGGUGGAUCUGGUCCAAUCUUACGACCACUCCAUAAAGAUUGGCAGGAAUGUUUAUGCAGCCAGCAAGGUGCUAGUUUAAAAAUAGCAUUAAUUGUAUCUUAUACAGGGAAGAUUGAUUCAGGUUGCGCAGUUAUUUAAUGACCUCAAGCACUUUAGCGCUCGUGUUAAUUACUUUCCGGGGUUUGGAUGCUGCUCUGUAAUACUUUGUGGCAGCUUUCUCGUUUGCAAUGUUGUUGUUUUUUAUUUUUAAAGUGACAUUUUACAAACUGUUUUAGUGUCCUCAAAGGGGAUACUUUAAAAAUAAAAUACUACC